AACGACGGGCGAGCUUUAGCCGUCCCGCCCAGUUUGGCCGGCUCCAGAACUGGGCGGUUGGCCUCGGCCGGGGGCAGCGGCGCCCGGGCAGUUAACAUGGCGAGCCAGGCUCCUUCCCUUAGCUAUGUCGGGAGCAACUUUUUGCGGCAGAGGCUGGUGCUCUCCACGCUGAGCGGGCGGCCGGUGAAAAUCCGCAAGAUCCGGGCCAAGGAUGACAACCCCGGCCUCAGAGAUUUUGAAGCAAACUUUCUCAGGCUGAUUGACAAGAUAACCAAUGGCUCUAGGAUUGAAAUAAACCAAACAGGUACAACUUUGUACUACCAGCCUGGGCUGCUCCACGGAGGGUCACUGGAACAUGAUUGCAGCCCAAAUCGAAGUAUUGGAUAUUAUCUAGAGAGUCUUCUCUGCUUAGCCCCAUUCAUGAAACAUGCACUAAGAAUUGUCCUCAGAGGUAUAACCAAUGAUCAGAUAGAUCCAUCAGUGGAUGUUCUGAAGGCAACUGCUCUACCUUUGUUGAAAAGAUUUGGAAUUGAUGGUGAAGAAUUAGAAUUGAAGAUUGUAAGGCGGGGUAUGCCCCCCAAAGGAGGAGGGGAAGUGAUCUUCGCUUGUCCUGUGAAGAAAGUAUUAAAACCAAUUCAGUACAUUGACCCCGGUAAAAUUAAGCGUAUCAGAGGUAUGGCGUAUUCGGUCAGGGUGUCCCCCCAGAUAGCAAACCGAAUGGUGGAUUCUGCAAGGAGCAUCUUGAAUAAAUUCCUACCGGACAUUUACAUUCAUACCGAUCAUAUGAAAGGGACCAGCUCCGGGAAGUCUCCUGGCUUUGGCCUGUUUCUCGUAGCUGAGACUACAAAUGGGACUUUCCUUAGUGCUGAACUGGCCUCUAAUCCCCAGGGCCAGGGUGCUGCUGUGCUUCCAGAAGACCUUGGUGUGAACUGUGCAAAGUUACUCCUUGAAGAGAUCCACCGAGGAGGUUGCGUGGACUCAAUAAACCAAAGCCUCAUUCUGCUUCUUAUGACCCUUGGGCAGCAAGAUGUCUCCAAAGUCCUUCUAGGACCAUUAUCACCUUACACAAUUGAAUUCCUGCGACAUUUGAGAAGUUAUUUCCAGGUUAUGUUUAAAAUUGAGACCAAAUCGUUUGAAGACGAACGAAAGGGAGGUGAAAAAGUCGUAAUGACCUGUGUUGGCAUUGGGUUUUCUAAUCUUAGCAAAACAGUAAGAUGAUACUUUGCUCAUGGACUUCAA